GUCUAAUACGAGCUUAAAUUCAUUUUUGUUGUAUACAGUAACAGUGUCAAUAAAUUUCAAAGAAGAUUUUUGGUGUUACGUCACUAAGGAUAACCAGUAACACCGACAUAGCGAUGAUAGAUGCACUUGCAUACAGGCCUUGGAAGCAAAAAAGAAGAAACAAAAAUAUAGAUUUAACCUCACGUCAUAUCGAUAUCUUAUUUUACGUUAAGUAGUUUGAAUUUAUUUUAAUCUUUGGAUUAAUUGCAACAUAUUUGAAUUCUUGAUUAUACGAGUAAGGAAGAACUUGGAAUAAGAAAAUGCGGCUUAUAAAACAACAUGGCAACAGUGGUUUGUUUCCAAAUAGAGCGCAUUACAUGAUAAACAAAGCGAGUUAUAGAACGGUAGUACGUCAUAAGGAGUGGGGAUGUCCGCUAACUUGAAUGUCAAUGGAAGUGACUCUAUCUGUUAACUGUCAUUUGUUUAUGGUCAUAUCCGCCAUCUUGGAAGUCAUAUGUCAUGUGUGCUGUGAGUUGUUGGUGUUGUUUUUCAUUGUUGAAAGUAGUGGAAUUAGUGUAGUUCACCAUGUUUUUAGAAAAUAGAAAUCGAGAUCAAUACGUAAACGUGCAAAAGUUUCCACAAAAAGUGGGAAAAAUUCAGGCCUUCUCCGAUAUACAUCCAUAUAAGUAACACAUCUUGAAAAGUUCAUUUGUUACUCAAAAAGAAGAACAGCUGUGUAAAGGUCAAAAUGUAAUGUUGGUUGCCUAACGUGUUAUGAUCUGCUUAGGUUAUCUGGUCUAAUUUUAUAAUGGGAAAAUAAUUAUAUUUCUAUUUAAAAAUGGAAAUUCAAAAUGAUGACACCGGAUUAAGAACUGAAGAGGCAAUUAAUAAACUAUAUGAAGAAAUUUCCAAUGUACUUUCUCAAUAUAAAAUCUCACUAAAAUGCAGAAAAUCUAAAUCCUGGUUAAAAGACGCUUUGCAUUACAAAAGUCAACGUACAACUGUAAAUGUAGUGUCUAUAAUAUUUGGACUGUGGACAGCUGCAUCCCUUGUUAUUGGAUAUCUAUUAGAAGGAGAUAAUUUGGGAGGAUAUGAAGCUAUACCUGUAUUAAUAUUAUUAUUAAUAAACGUUUUUUUGGAAAUAUAUGACAAUAAAUUGAGACACCAAGAAAUACCACAUAAAAUUCAAGCAGUAUUAGAUAACUUAAUAAAGGAAAAGAAACAAAUCAAAUGGACGCAGGCAAAUUAUCCUGAUUUAUACACUCCUUUUUCACCUUGUAUCACUUUACAAUGGACUUAUCGAGAUGGAGAAAUCGUCAACUUACCCUGGGCGUUAUUAGUUAAAGGAGAUAUAGUACUUAUUAGACCAGGUCAAAUAAGUCCAGGUUACUGUGAAGCUCUAGAAAAACAAUCUGAGUUUCCUCUGCUACAUGCUAAAGAAGUAUAUGCGCCAACCCUACAAAAUGCAAAUGAAGUUUUCAGCACUCCUAAAUAUAGAAAACCCCUCGAACCUAAAAAGUAUCGCCUCCUGGAAACUCCCUAUUUAAACAAUUUGAAAAUAUUCCUUGAACAAGCUUUGGAUAGGCCGGUAUCUCAACUAAACCAACAAAGGCAUUUAGUUACUAUAAAGAUUGUUGAACAAAUGAUUUUACCUUUUACUUUUGUUUUAGUGAUUGUUAUCAAUUUAUUUAGAUAUUUCUAUUUCCACAAGUACUUUGGACGAUAUUUAGUAUCAAAUACCUUAUUUAUUGUACCGUGUAAUGUUAUUUUACCAUUACUUCCCAUGAUAUUUCCAUUGUUUUGGAAUUUGGCAAAUUAUAUUGGAAGUGCGAGAAUCAAAACCAUUUUUGACGCCUGUACCCAAUGUGAUACGAAGAUUAGGCAUUUAGAAGAAGAUGCAGAUAGUUCACCUAUAGAUGACGAAAGUCUUAAUAUUAGUCGAAAAGAAAUACUAUUAAAUUUUUUGAAAAUACUCAGAGGGAAACCGGAAAUUCUUACAAGAUCCACUAAUAUUCUUCACGUUCUCGGUUCUGUCACUGCAUUAGGAUGUAUUGACAAAAAGGGGGUUCUUUCAUGGCCAAAUCCCACUGCCGAAAAAAUAUUUUUUUUACAUAAUCAAAAUCACGAUUCACGCGCUUCCAGCUUAGAUAACGUGAACGAUUUAUCCAGUGAUAUAGAUUCUAUUUUCCCAAAUUUUCAACCAGAAAGUCCCAGUGCUGUGACCGAAGUGCUAGAUCUAACUCACCAUCACAACGAUCCUUUCAAAUUGCAUUUCGAUGAUAAAGAAUGGAAUAAAUUUAUGUCUAAUCUGAAACCGCUGGGAUUAGCAAUAUUACUGAAUACUUGCAAUAUCAAUACCAAGGAAAAUUAUAAUUCAUUCUGUUCACACAUUACAUGUGAGGCCAUGUACAACGAAAAUCUAGUACCGGUGACUAAUAGAAGAUGUCUUUGCGAAUUAGCUAAGGAAAUUGGAUUCAUAGAUGAAGCACAAAAGAUUUUCAAUCUAGAAGAACAACUUUCGAUAUUUAGACAUUUGCAAACCGAAAUGAUGAGGAGAGAUAACAAAUACGCGAGAUCUCUGCAGUUAUCAACGAAGUUAAAAUUCCCAUUUCCUCAUAUGUUUGCAGUAAUCGUUCAAGAAUUAUCAACGGGUAACAUGCAGUUGCUUUCCGAAGGAACUGCUGAUAUCGUUUUAGAUUCUUGCGUCGACUAUUGGGACGGACAUGAUCUGGUACCAUUAUCGAAUACUGAUAGAAAAAGAAUACAAGAUUUUUAUCAAAGGAGCAGUCUUACUGCGUAUUGUACUGCGUUUGCUUAUAGACCUUUGAUCAAAACUAUCCACUCGAAAUUGAGUGAAGUUUAUUUAGAACUACCCAGCGACUCGAGACAUUUAUAUUUAAGUCAAAGAAGUCCGACUCCAGUGCAUUGGGAUGUAAAAAGUGUUUUAGAACCGAAGAUAAAAUCAACACAGUAUUAUAGUGCAGAUUCCCUGUUAUAUAAUGAGUGUCAUGCUGAUACAGUCACCGAUGCAGAAAGUUGUUUCCAAAUACAGUGUAAUCAAAUUUUUAUAGGCAUGGUUACCAUGCAAUAUCAAGUUUUAAUUGAUAUGGUACAUUUGAUCGAACAGCUCGAACGAGCUUGCAUAAGGUUCGUUCAUUUCAGCAAAGAAAAUGAACUGCGUUCGAGGGUUUUUAGUGAAAAAAUGGGACUAGAGAGUGGUUGGAAUUGCCACAUAUCUUUAUUAAGCGAAAGAAAUAGAGGAGAAAACGGCGGACAAGCAGAGGCUAGUUUUAGUCCUCCUCAGCAAAGGCAUAGAUGUAUGAUACAAAGUGUCAAAAGGAAUCAGAAUUCACCUCGUAUCGAUGACAAACCGUUCUUGAUUAAUAGUAGUAACCUAGAAUCGUCGAGGACGAUGAGUUUCUCCGCACCAAGCGCCAUAAAUCUGGAACAUUCCACCGUCAAAUUUGAAAAAGAAGUGGAAAAGUUCAAUAUAGAAAGAAAACGUUCAGAACAACAAGAAGAAACUGAAGAAACCAGCCAGGAAAGUUUCCUUUUACAAGCCGAUAACACCGCUCCCGAGUGGCAAUCUUUGAGUAAUCUUACGGAGAGUACGGAACAUAGUGCCCCCAUUAAUUUUGAUAUGAGUAAUAGAGCGAAAUUACCUAGAGGAAUCGACAAAAUAAGGCCGCACAUUGAAUUAAUUGAUAACGUACCUUUAUUGGUAUCUUUGUUCACUGAUUGUACGCCAGACGUCACAAGGGAAAUGUUACAAAUUAUGCAAGAUUACAAUGAGGUUGUCUGCAUUAUGGGAUCGGCGGAAAAUUGUGAUAAUGCCGGUGUGUUUAUGCAAGCUGACGCAAGUAUUUCAGUGAUGCCACUGUACCCUCAGGUGUGCCAAAAAAUAAAAGCUUACAAAACUCCGGAAAAUUGCAUCGGUCCAAUCGACUUAUCUGGUCAAUUAAAUUCAAUACCAUGUUCUUUGGCAAUCCAGCGAGAUGCUCCUCUUCCAGUUUAUAGACUAGUAAUGGAAUCUAGAAAUUUCGUUACUUCGAUUUGGAACUCGGGUCAAUUCUGGUUGUGCUGUUGCAUAGCUUUGAGUUUACUACAAGUAUUAUCAACAGUAUUGAUGCUACCAGGUCUUCUAACCACCGGACAAGUUCUGUGGUUUUCGUGUUUAGUAGUACCUCUGUUGAGCGUGUCCUUAAUGGCCAGACCCAUUGAUCCUGACGUGAUGAAGAAGCCUCAAGGGAAAAACCAAAAUCUGACCAACUGGAAUGUGGCUGUAUUCAUAUUAUGGUGUUAUGGUAGCAAAUAUUUGGUUAGUUUUAUUGUGGUGUUAACAUCCUAUAUUGGUAUUUUGACGAAUCACUGCGAACAGAUUUGUGCGGUACUUUCGAAUUGUACAUGUGCCUUUUUUUACAAUCCUGUUAUAUUAACAGAAUCCGCAUCUAUGGGUGGAUGGGAUGAAAAUGAAUGGACCCUACUGGUAGCUAGACUCAUAAUUAGUUUUAUUAUUUUGUUACAUUUCGUUGCUAUUUCCAUUGGAUUUAUCCAUCGUGAUCAUUUGGUUUUUCAAAAAUCGCCGCAUUCAAAUAUUUAUUGGUUGAUUGCCAUCUUCAUUUUGAUAACAUCACAAUCCAUCUACACAAUUUUGACCUUCGUUAAUAUCACAGAAACCCAGGAUGUCAACACGGAGUUUUCAAUUCCUUUAUGGGUCAUUAUAUUUGCUGGUGUCUCACCAUUGGUUGUAUUUGUCGUUAACGAGCUCGUUAAAAGGCAAGAAAUUAUGGUGAAAGAACGGUUUUUGAAAAGAGCACGGUUAGAUUUUGGAACAAAAUUGGGAAUGAAUUCCCCAUUUUAGAUUAAUGUAUACAGAUAUGAUUAACAAUUAAUAUUUGGGAAAAGCAAA